AUGCUGGAGACGCACAAAGAACUUUUCAAAGAUGGCUACGGUGAAAUACAAGACUUCACAGCAAACGUCAGCGUGCAAGCAGGAACCAAGCCUAUCUUUCACAAACCACAUCCAGUUCCCUAUGCUCUUAAGGAAGCAGUAGAGAAGGAACUGGACCGCCUAAAUAAGAAUAACAUAAUCACGAAAGUAGCGAGGAGCAACUGGGCCACUCCGAUUGUUAUAGUCCCAAAGAAAGACAAGACCGUCAGAAUGUGCAGUGACUACAAGGUCACAGUAAAUCGCUGCAUACUACCAGAGGAAUAUCCACUACCAAACACUGAAGAUCUGUUUGCCACUCUAGCUGGUGGGGAGGUUUUCAGUAAGCUGGACCUGGCAUUCGCUUAUCAGCAACUGAAGCUGUAUCCAGAGUCAGAACAGUAUCUGACCAUCAAUACACACAAGGGGCUAUUCAGAUUCAAUCGCUUGGCCUAUGGAAUCUUGACAGCUCCAGCAAUAUUCCAACACACAAUGGAUCAGAUCUUGGACGGUAUAGACAAUGUUGUGUGCUUCAUGGACGAUAUCCUCGUGUCAGCACCAACCAUUGGAGAGCACCUUGUAGUGCUGGACAAAGUGAUGUCAAGACUGGAGAAAUACGGAGUGAGAAUGAAACGCAGCAAGUGUGAGUUCCUCCAGGACUCAGUGGAGUACACCUGCUUUGUUUGCUGUUUGGGGUUUUAG